AUGUCGGAAAAAGGAGAACCACCCCCGACUCGCCGUAAACCACCAGAUAGGCAACCGGGCGUGCUAGAUAGGCCUCUCAUGGAGCGUGAUCUCUUAGCUCCAGAGAAGUCACGAGUACUGCCCGCAUACAGCCAAAUCCCGAGGCGUAAAGGAAGCCCACCGGCCACUGGCGUCGCACUCGGCGCUAGUAGAACUGAGCCUCUACCCAUCGCCGAACCGGCACCACUAUCUCGCCGGAACAUCGCCUCGCGAAGACGUACCCCCAGAAUUGGAAGAGGAAGAUCUGCAGGAGGAGAAAAGGCUGAAGGCCGGUUCGGACUCGGUAUCCGAGUCGGCAUCAGCCUCAACUUCUGCCUCCGCCUCGAAAGACACACCUACACCACCGCAGAAACCUGCGCCACCGUAGUCACCAUCUCCCACUACCUCCCCAACCUGCAUGCAAUCUGA